GGGCGUACCGGCUUCCGCUUCCAUCACUGUUUCGGGCCGGUCAGCCGUAUCCGAGGCGACGCGGGGCCGAGCCGGGCUCCCCUCGGGUCGUGAGGUGGGUCCUUUCGGGAAGUGAAGCGGCUUGUUGGGCGAGAGCGCGGCGAAGACCCCACCCUGGUUAUCGAAAAAGGUUGAACAGAUAAAAAGAUGAAGCUUUACAGUCUAAGUGUUCUUUACAAAGGAGAUCCCAAAGUGCACUUACUGAAAGCUGCUUAUGAUAUCUCAUCAUUUAGUUUCUUCCAGAGAUCCAGUGUUCAAGAAUUUAUGACCUUCACAAGUCAACUGAUAGUAGAGCGUUCAGAGCUUGGAAGCAGAGCUUCUGUAAAGGAACAAGAAUACCUCUGCCAUGUUUAUGUACGGAAUGAUGGUUUGGCUGGAGUGGUAAUUGCAGAUCAUGAAUAUCCAUCCCGGGUUUGUUUCACUUUGUUGGAUAAGGUACUUGAUGAAUUUUCUAGGCAAGUUAGUCGGAUAGACUGGCCUUCUGGAUCUCCAACAACGAUAACCUAUACAGCAUUGGAUGGAUACCUUAGUAAAUAUCAGAAUCCUCGUGAUGCCGAUGCAAUGACAAAAGUGCAAGCCGAAUUGGAUGAGACCAAAGUUAUCCUGCACAAUACAAUGGAGUCCUUGUUAGAACGAGGAGAGAAGCUGGAUGACUUAGUGGCCAAGUCAGAGAUUCUUGGAAAUCAGUCAAAAGCCUUUUACAAAACUGCCCGGAAGCAGAAUUCAUGCUGUGACAUCAUGUGACUCCAUCCACCGUGUACCUUCACCACCUGCUUUGGACUAUCUGGAUUUGAUCUGAUUUCAUGACUCCUGGAGAGAGAGGCAGCACCAACAGCAGCAACUGUUGUUUCCAGAUUCAGCUGUCUCAGCCACACCGGAGGCAAGAAAUACCAUGUUGGGGGGUCCAUGAAAUUAAAACCUUAUUUGAAAAAAAAAUCCUUUCAUGGCUAGAGAGUAUCUGGGAUAUUAGGUUGAUGACACAAAGGGAGUUGGGAAUGGAUCCUGGUGCUUACACACAUUCCUGUUUUGGUCAUUGGCUGAUACCUGUGGGGGGAUUUGCUGUUCUCCUUUCCAAAACUACAAGCAGAUGUGGACUCAUUGUGCAUACUUAAGAGUAAGAUAAACAGUUUGGCCAUCUGAAAAAUGCCUUUUUUUUUCAGCAUUGCACAGUGUCCUUGUGUCUUAAAAUGUUGGAUACUGAUUUUUUAGAAGUGAAGCAAAACCCAAUUUGUUUUGAACCCAUACAGAAUUAUUCAGAGAACACGGAUCUCUGAGUUCUGCAUGAAAGAAAAAAAAAGAUCUCUAAGGCAGCCCGAGAACUGAUUAUACUUCAUAAUAUAGAAGAAAUUCCAAAGAGGUGGGAAAGCGGUUUUAGGACUAAUAUGGAUAUGCUUUUAAGUUUUCUCUGAUUCUAGGUGGGAAAUUUCUUUCCAACCUGAGUCAGACUUUGUUUUGUUUUUGCCAAGGAUAUAAACAGCAGCAUUUAGCUCCCUCUUUUAUCUGGUAUCGUUGCCACUGAUCAAACCCAGGAUUUCAUUAAGAAGAGAUUGUGUGCCACAACCCCUUGGCUGCUCUUGGAUAUUGCAGUUUGUUUAGGUUGGAUUUAUUGAUGAAAAGCUGGUAAUUUAUCUAGCUGAUGGCUUGUCAUUUCUACACUGUUCAGCAGGAUGUGGAAUGAAUGGGGAGCUGUAUUGCAAUCCGGGCAUACCUUCUCACCUUAUGUAUUAUGGCUGCUGUUCUGACAGUGAACCUGGCAGGUUCACUGCAGCCCUUCUUGAACAUACUGCACCCAAAAGAAUAAGCUGCUGUUUUACACUAGCCAUUAUACCAGAGCCUUGUAGAGUGUGAGCUAUCCUGUAUUGGGUCUAAGUGUGUUAGUUGCUGCUACUACGCAGCUUGGUGUUGUCUUGUGAUGUCCUCAGCCAAGACUAGAUUCUCCCACGGUUGGAGAAUUUGUCCCCGCUGGUUUUGUGUAAAUGUAGGAAAUGUUAUUAAUGCUUUUGUCUUUCCGUCGGUGGCAUCUUGGCUCCAAGGCCCAUUCUGUCUUUGCAGGGUGGGGGCCAGGGUGGGUAGGGAUACCAUUCUACAGUUGUAUUUAUGCCUUCCUCCCCAAGUGUUUUGAUUUAUUGUAACUGGGUUGGACAUGUCUGCACACCAUGUCCCUUAAAGUCAGCUGAUCCCCAACCAGGAGUCCUUUGUGAAGCAAUUCAUCUAGGCAAUAGGAAAAACAUGCCACUUGGAGCUUUUGCCCAUCAAUGGCAUGUUUGUGCACACCCACCCAUGGUGGAAUGAUCACUCCUCCGAUAUAUUAAUCCAAUAGGGAUAGAAGUCCAUCUUCUAGACUCGAGAUGAGUAACCAGUAACAUCUUGGGCACAGCUUUCCUAACCCUGUUGAUAAACUGAAAUCACUGACUGAGCCAUCUCCAUUCCAGAAGAGGCACGUAAAAAGCCAGGAAGCUGUCUUUGCCCAUUAGCAAGGAGCCAGUUAGUGCCAAGAUAAAAUGACAGAAUGACAAACAGCAACUUAAGGCAAAGUUGAAGGUUUCUGAUGUGACUCUGAGGGGAAAUCCUAUUUCUGGCUUGCAUUGUUCCUUUCUUAAAAUGUGUCCGUCAUGUACAGUUGCACCAGCUCUUGUUAACUUCUUGAGCCAACUUCCAACUUUCGUGCAGUAUAUAUAUCAACCUAGGGGCAGUACAGUGAAGUGGAACAAGUCAGCAACCUGGGGUUUGAACACAUUUCUGUUUGACUUGAACCGUGAUGGGUGCUUCCUGGGACUUGACAACUUGGCUACAUUUGCUUUGUGAGGCCUUUUUUUGGGGAAGACACCGGAGUGAAAGAACAGUGACUCAUGCAGAGGCUGCAUUGGCAGAUCUGAUGCAGCACCCUUGUGGUGCCAGAAAUCACCAGCCUUAAUUCUUUUUCUUCCUCCAAUGUCUGCUUCAGAUGUACCAACCUAAGGGCUGUCAUAUUUUCUGUAAAGUCCAUUUCUGCAGGGGUCAGUUCCUUGUGGACUGCUAACUUUGUUCUGAAAGAUUAAGAGGGUAGGUGGAACACUGCAGUGAGUUUUGCUACUUGCUGUAAAAGAAAAUGGGUUCUCCUCUCCUCAUUCUGUGAUUUGAAAUGUACAGUACUAUAGAAACUUGCUUGUGUUACUUUAUUUUGCCCCCUAGGCUCACAAAUUCCUAACCUCUUUCUAAUGUGGAAGCUUUUACUAAAGAUUGUAUUUUAAUAAAUAUUGCUUAAUAUCUGUACGUACUGGUUAUUGGAAUAUAUCUAUAAAGUUGUCACUUGAUCAUCUAGAA